AUGAGCGACAAUAUCGCUGGCGCGGACCAAAUAACAAAUUGUGAAGUGACGAAUGCACGCUCCCUGACGAGCGUGAACGAUGUCAUAAGAAAUAAUGAGCAAAAAGAUGAAGCACUGUGUUCGUCUUUUGAGCGGAUGCAACUGGUGGUGCAACAGUCGGUCCACCACGUUCACCAAGAUAUUCGACAGUUACGUGUGGAUAUCCAACAGGCGGUAGAGCGUCUUCAAGAGCAGCAACGACAGUCGGCAGAGCAGCUUCAAGAGCAGCAACAGGCGGUAGAGCAGCAACGACAGUCGGCAGAGCAGCUUCAAGAGCAGCAACAGGCGGUAGAGCAGCAACGACAGUCGGCAGAGCAGCUUCAAGAGCAGCAACAGGCGGUAGAGCAGCAACGACAGUCGGCAGAGCAGCUUCAAGAGCAGCAACAGGCGGUAGAGCAGCAACGACAGUCGGCAGAGCAGCUUCAAGAGCAGCAACGACAAUUACGUGUAGAUACGCAACAGGCGGUAGAGCAGCAACGACAGUCGGCAGAGCAGCUUCAAGAGCAGCAACAGGCGGUAGAGCAGCAACGACAGUCGGCAGAGCAGCUUCAAGAGCAGCAACAGGCGGUAGAGCAGCAACGACAGUCGGCAGAGCAGCUUCAAGAGCAGCAACGACAAUUACGUGUAGAUACGCAACAGGCGGUAGAGCAGCAACGACAGUCGGCAGAGCAGCUUCAAGAGCAGCAACAGGCGGUAGAGCAGCAACGACAGUCGGCAGAGCAGCUUCAAGAGCAGCAACAGGCGGUAGAGCAGCAACGACAGUCGGCAGAGCAGCUUCAAGAGCAGCAACAGGCGGUAGAGCAGCAACGACAGUCGGCAGAGCAGCUUCAAGAGCAGCAACAACAGUUAGGUGUAGAUAUGCAACAGCAACAGAAUACCCUGGAGCAGCUGCAAGUCCUUGUAUUUAGUGCCGUACAGGAACAACGCCAAAUAAAUGCGGCGACCGCUAGGCGACUCGACAAUCAAUAG